GACCGAUUUGGCUUGUCUUCUUGUCAAGACAUGCCCAGAUAUUGACUUGUUCAUGGCAAAAGUUGCUUGUGACCGGGUGAGACAUGGUCUCUCCGCGCACGUAGUCGCCAAGGCUAUCUCGUGGUGUGCUGCAGAAUACGGCGCUGAUAUUAUCAUCAUCCCGUUAGGCUUCGACAGACCUCAGCCGGAAAUAGAGACAGCUAUCAAGCACGCUCUCGAAGGAGAACGCCCCCCCGUCCUCAUGGCUGCCGUAGGCCACGACCGGAUGCGACCCUAUCCGGCAAGCCAUCAGCAAAUCAUCGGCAUACAUGCAGUUGACGGCGAGGGGAGAGACAUUGGCAUCAGUCCGGCCCCCUUAGAGGACGACGACAACUUCUCCACCCUAGGCAGCGGCAUCCAGCUCGGUUGGGAGCCCAAGAUACCGAUAAAACACGGCUCGGCAUAUGCAACCGUGGUGGCUGCGGGCAUUACAGCAUACAUACUGGAUUACGUUCAGCAAGUCGCUACGCUAACAGAGGAGGACCGCAGGUGGCUGCGCUCGCCGGACGGGGUGCGCGAACUGCUCCGGCUAGUUUCAACUAAGCAGCACGGGUACCGCUUCAUCGCGCCAUGGGAGGUAUGGGGACAUGACGUUAAGGCGGAAGAGAUCGGUAACCUCGUGGGGGCGAUCGUGCGGCGGAGGAAGAAGGCUUGAUGAUCUAUGCGGUCUUGUCUUUGAUUCCGUUUGGUGAUGGUGCCUCGGGCUUUUUCUUCGCAUCACUACUUAUCUCGUGGACUGUUAUCCCACAGAAGCCGCAUAGGCUAUUGCUGCCAACACAGUCUUUCGAAGCCUAGUUGGAACUUUCUUAGCACUGGGACGGCCGAUGUAUGAGGCCCUGGGAUUGCGGUGGGGAAACACGCUUUUGGGGUUUAUCUGUAUUGCUAUGGUCCCAUUCCCCCUGAUAUUUCACAAAUGCGGUGAUCGUCUCAGGGAGAGAAGAAUGUUUGUUGCCGAGAUGGAGAAAUAGACAAUUAUAUUUCUUCGGUAAAAGUCUCAG